CAUGAAGAUUUCUUUGGAAAUUCAUCUUGUUCUCCGUUCUCCAGAUCUUUUCCCUGUUACCCAACACACCAUUGAAAAACGUAAUUUGAAGUGUGGUGGUGUAGCCAUGACCAAGAUGAAUUCUUGGAAACUAAUUGCCCUGCUUUUGAUGCAGGGUAAUGCUGAAGCAUCGUCACCUCGGUAUCCGGUUGCCCCUAAGCAUUUGAAAUUGGGGCUGCUGCCUCGAGCAUUCAAUACGACAGGAACCUUCGUUGUGCCUACCAGCUUCUCAACUCCACCAAUCGAGAGUUCCAGUUCAUCCGUCACAGGAACUUCAGUCUCGCUCACGUCUUCUGUUUCUAUCACCUCUUCAAACUCGUCAACCCCUUCAGUCUCGUCAACAUUCAUAUCAUCAGACACCACAAGCGGAAGUACUAACCAUCAAUCGAGUCAACCUAGCACUUCCCAAUCUUCAAGUGAGGAGUUCUCAAUUACACCUGUUACAAGCUUCCCAGCGUAUACGGCACCCACAUCGACUAUCUCCGGGGCGUCUGAGACAUCCAGUGCAGCGGCUAUAGCGCCGCUUUUCAUUGCGGUUUGGCAGAACAGAGGGAAUCUCUUAGAUUCUCAGGAAAAGAGCCAAUAUAUAAACGAUGUCACUGAGACAAAAAAUCAGGUCGAUUCACUUAACAACAAUCUGUCCGACAAGUCAGAUCCUCCGAGCGAAUGUUCCAGUACUAGCGGAGAUGGCAGCCUGAUUGCCGGUAUUAAGAACUUACUAACAACACCCGCUAAACUCAUCGGUUGCGCUGCAGCUGUCGCCAGUAAUCUGGUUGAUGCGAUCAGCAAACCUGAUCCUGUAAUCUCAGUUGUCGAGGUUUUGACCGACACCCUCAUGGAUAUUGGUAGCGAACUUGAGAAAAGCCAAGAUGAACAUCCUACCUCCUCCAGAGACCAGAUAACUAGCACUAGUCAAUCGAGUAUGAGCACGGAGACAACUUCUUCGAGCGAGUGUUCAACAACGACGGCCGCAAGCUGCGUUGAAACUGUCUCAUUGUCGACGUUAUUCUAUACGGAUAGUACAACUACCACCUCACAGGUGGAGACGAUAACCACUACCCUGUGCACUACCAUUACCGCAUCAUGCGUGGUGGGAACCACUGCCACCACAACCGUUUCAACUGCCACGACCUCGUCAGGAACGGGUUGGAUAUGUGACCAAACUUGUGCGGCGGGUGGUUGUCAAGCUCAUAAAAGAGCAGCACAAGCCACGGGGAUCGCAGACCCUGGAGCAGACGCUCCAAAUUUGGCAAAUCGAAACCUGAAACCAACUUCAAUGAUUUCAGAUAUUGACAAGUACAUCAUACAAACUAUCUCUGCCUCGAAUUCCGAGAACCUGGAUUGGUCUAAAGGAAUAGCUGUUGCCAAGUACUACAAGUUCUUGAAAAAGGGUAUAGCCGGAUACGUUGCAGGUGUCACAGGAUGUACCUCGAUUGUCAUCGCGUCUCAGAAAGGUGCUUGGAUCUCGCAUUUCACAGAAACGGGGCUGAUGGAUGAUGCUGGCCGCCAGAAGCAGAGAGACUCGCUGGCAGACGCUGUCGCGAAUGGCAAUGACUAUUACAAAAGGCCGUCGGAUCUAGCCGGAGAAGGAGGCGAUCUCAACAAGGACACGCAAGACGUGCAAAUCUACGUCUCGGCGCCGUGCACCACCGUGACGGAUGAAAGUGGGAAUAGAGCCUGCACAGGGGACUCCUCGUUUGAAUAUCCGAGGAUAGACGCGCUUUUAGACACGCUUUUCGGGGCAGGGACGCCGUUCGAGGGUGUUCCGAUUACGAGGCGGGGGUAUCUCAAGCCCGCUGGUAGAGAUGAAGUUGACGCACUAGCAGACACGUCAGCAAGGGGUAAAGUUGUCGUUCAAUACGACCCCAAUCAACUCACCCCAGAGUUCCUCCCAUUCAACCCCAAACACGCCGCAUAUCGCGUUUGGAUGGAAUCAACACCAUACCAGAAAGACUGGGUUGCCUCCACCUGCCAAGGGGGCAACGCUCCUAACCAGAAGCGCGACGACUCGUGCCCCAUUUCUGGGAGCGGUAGCCCUACGCCCACUCCUACAACGGCAGAUACCUCGGGUAUACCUACGACAUCGGAUAUAGCUACGUCGAUGAAUACAUCUACCCCGAUAAUCUCUUCAACAGCGGUCCUCACUUCAAGCCCAUCACUGACCCCUUCGGUAUCCUUUGUGAACACGACCAUGGUGACGAUGACGUUGAGCCCAUCGAGUAACGCGUCGAGCACCAGUCUUUCGACGUCUGGCGUUGAAACGAGUGAUUCUGGGAUCGGGCCUACGUUUAUGUCUACAGUGACGUUUUCGUCGCUCACGGCUACACUUAUUGCGUAGAGUGAUGUCCAAAGUGGUGGAUAUGCUGCUGUAUCGUGCUUCUUGGAGACGAAUGUCGUUUAAGGUGUAUUGGCCAUUCUAUGGAAUUUUCAUCUGAUAUUAGCGUGUGGAAUAAGGCAUAGGCUGUUCAAUUGCCUCAAUGAUUCAACGAAUUCUACUGUCGUAGGCGGAGUAUAGUGUGCGGUUAUUUUGCUGUCACAUGAGUAUAUCGAUGGUCCUCUAAGCCAGCAAACAUGCUCUCGCUUGUCUUUCUUUCUUUCCUUUUUUUUUUUUUUUUUUUUUUUUUUUUUUUUUUU